AUGUGUCGCAACAAGUGUGCUCGUCGUGAAAUAAAAAAUCAGCGUCGCGAGGAGAAACAUCGUCGUCGGGAGGAAAAGCACCAUCGUCGUCAAGAGAAACGUCGUCGUAAGGCCGAAUUCAAAAGUGAAAUGAAAAAUCAGGCUAGACGAUUUUUAACUGAUUAUUCCAACGUUGAUAACAACAAUUUUAAUAAUAUCAAUUACCCCCAACGACAAAGAUCACCUGUAAAGGUUGAACAAGAUGUUGCAAGUCUGAGAACAAUCUUUCCCGAGUGCGACCCAGAAUAUAUUCGAAAUUGUCUUUUCAACGAAACAAGGGAUCAAAUAAUGGAAAGGUUAUUAUCCGAACCUUACCCUAAAAUCACCCCUGAAUCACCUUUGACUCCACCCACUGCGCCACCACUUCCGGUUCGUAUUAACGACGAAUUCUCCUUCAAUGAUGAAGCACCCCCAUCAUAUGAAGAAUCAUUAGAACAAUCUCCGCCGUUACCAAGACGUCAUCAAAGAAACUCACCAUGGGUUGCACGACAACAAUCAUCACAUCAGGCACAUGACUCACCGUCGCUCUUUCCCGUUAAAAAUAUUUUCUCCAUGUUUAAACCUUUGACGGUUGACCAAGCAUGUCACAAAUUUUGUAAUACUUGGACGCGUCCAACCCCAUCCAAUUUCAGAACACAACCACUAUCGCAAUCAUUCAAAGUGUUACCAAAAGAUAGAUAUUCAAUUCAAAGAGGAUUUACCAAUAAUUAUCCUUCAAAAGAACUAAAUUCUCAUAACAUUUCAAUAAAUGAUUGGCAGUUUUUUAUCAGCGGAUUAAAUUCAAUCCUUGGUGCAAACUCGAUUAAUGGAGAUUCAAUCUCUGUUAGUCUGAAAUGGGUAUCAUGGAUGAGUGAAACCAUGGAUCAAAAACAAAUGGAAGCUAACGUUCUAGCAAUAAAUGAAUAUCUUGCCAAAUGGAAUGAUUUUUUCUUUGCUCCAAGAAAGAUCGAGGUACAAUUUUUGGAAGAUAAAACUUUAACGACGACCAUAAAAAAUAAACAUCAACCUUUCGUACAAUAUUUAUUGGUGAAAUCUAUAUAG